GACUUCGGUUGCGGGAGAAAAUGAGCGCGCGCAAAAAUUUUGUUCGGUUCUUGUUCAGUUUUCGAUAGCAAAGCUGGGAUUCGAAAAUUCAAUUUAAAAGUUUCAAACUAUGAUCCAACUGCGGUAGUUCAGUUAAAGUUUUUCUAAGAGUUCCAUAACGUGACGAUACGGUGAAGAAUGGAGGAUCCUGUUUUUCGGACCAAGUAUCAAAAGUACAAGUACAAAGUAAAAUUAUGGGAGAAAGAGUUUCGCAAAAAACAUGGGCGAAUUCCUUCAAAGCAUGACAUCCGCGACUCUCCGGCCGAUGUGCGCAACUCGUACAAAAUGUACUACAAGCUAAAAACGUCACUCCUGGAGGAUACGCUACAGGAUGUUCUCGAUGAUGAUGAUGACUUCGAUAGCUCACUGGUAUCGCAGAUGGAGAGCAGCCUUUCCCAGGAUAUGUCGUUCAAUGGCGAAACUUUCUCCAAUCUUGGUGAGAUGCAGGGUGCCAACAUUUCACUUGGCAAUUUACUCACCGAUCAAAUAUCUGGAAAAGUUACGGAAUUCGAGACUGAACAAGAGUCCGAACAAAAUGCACGCGCUUGGGGUAAAGAACUCAAUCGAAAGAAGCCGUCACAGGAACUGGUAAAGGAACCAUCUCCUGUGAAGCCGAAAGCUAAGGUCCCUACUAAGUUGAUGGAAGCUUCGGUGGUGGUGCCGAAACGAAAUCCCCGAAAAUCGCUGUCAAGCAGACUGUCAAGCAAUUCUUUUUCUUUGAAUACAAAUUUGAGUUCUUUAACCAGUUCCAAAUGGACAGAAGUGCUACCAGAUUUAGAAACCCUGUUGAAUGAAAAAUCGAAACAGGAAACCUCACCUAUUCAGAUAGCCACGUUGAAUGCACAACAAUCGAAAGAACCAAUUAAUCAGCUGGAUGCUGGUUGGCUUAACCGACAGACUUCAGAACCGGGAACUAAUAUCACACCCAUUGUCAAAACGGACUUACAACCGAAACGUUUCGGACUACGUAAUCUGAAUCUUUCCUCGAUAGAAUCCCCUUCGGCGGCACCAGUUGAUGUUUCCACUAGUUUCGGGAUGUCAGCAUUAAGCAUGAACUCAUUUACAUCUGCAACACCAAAUUCUAUGUCUGAUACCACUAGUCCACAAAUUAUUGCGCAAAGUACAGCCUUUGAUCGUUCUGUUCAGUCGGAUUCGGAUGGCGUAGUUGAAAACAGUGAAGACGAAUCAUGCACAGGGGGAGGAUCUCACAAUUCCAGUGUUGUCCGUCACGUGGCGAAAAAGCGAAAGGUUUUCACCAGUGUGAAUACAAGAGUGGAAAAAGAUACUUCUGCAAUUAAAGAGAUUGAGCCGAAAGCAGAUACAAUUGUCCAACAAAGCGCCAAAGAAGUAGAAAAUCGGGAUCCAAUAGGGGUCGAUGAAACCGUUUCCACCGAGAUGAAGGAACAAAAACCGAAAAAAGGGCGUAAAAAGGUUGUGCUAACUAAAGCGAAAGGCGCUGCCAAGAAAGAGGUUUCGUUAAAGACCGCCGUCACUCGUCGAUUACCAAAGCGUGGUCAGAAAGCAGUCAGUUAUUCUCUGGACGCGGAUGCUGACUCGGGUGACGACGUGGAAGGCAAGGACCCGUAUGCUGACUUCGACGACGACGAUAAAGAUCCCGAUUUCAAGGAGUUGGAAAUAUCGGCCGAAGCUCACGACGAGAGUCUAGAGAAGGGGCACGAGUUGGAAGAACAACAAAUCCCGGUGGCCGUUUCCAUUAAAUCGAAAGCAGGGCGCAAAAAGGCUGAACCAAAAGCAAAACCUGCCGCUAGAAAAUCUCGAGCGAAAGCUCCUACGGUUUCUCCUAGUGGAGGAAGAAAGAAGCGAUCAACUUCUGCGAAAAAGAGUCCUGCCGCUCCAAGGAUUGGUGGGAACACAGGGAAAGGCAAACGGAGGGUUGCCAGAACUGCUGCUGCCCCGAAAGUUAAUCCUGUUGAACAGGAACUGGAGAAAAAGGAAGAUGAGUUUAACGAUUACGUGCUGGAAUUUGGAAUCGAAAGUUUGAAUAAUGCUCCGAGGGUUGACAUAAGAGAAUUGGAAAAAAGUUCUAAGACAGCUGAAAGUUUUAUUAAAGGAAUAACGGUAGAAAAACCUAGCAGUUCGAAGGUUGUUUCUAACGAUGAAAUUGUCACAAGCAAAGAAGCUGCUAUGAGGAAGAAGGUUGCAGCAGGGAAAUUGAAUGAAAAUUUUGUCCGCGUAGACAUAAGGAAGAAAGUUUUUGUUAAGGGCAAGAAAACUAUAAAUUUCAGUCGUUACAAGAAAAAUUUAUGGAAGAAAAAGAAAAUUGCUGCCCUGAGUGGACCAGAAAUGGAUAUGGGAGGAUGUGACGGGGGCGUCUUGACAUGUUUCGAGUGUGGCGGUACUGGUCAUAUGGCCAGGUACUGUAAAGUUAAAGGGGAAAACCUGCUUCCUCUAGAAGGAGCAGAUGGAAUCGAGGACUCACCUUUCCCAACGCUAGAAGAAGCAGAAACAAUGGCCCAGUCGAAAUCGCUUGUUGUUCACGCUAAUAAAAUUCAAAAUUUACCAGCUGUAGCAAAUCCGUUAUGGAAACAGGAAGACGAAGCAAGCAACGAAUCGCCAGAUGGUCUUAAGAAUGCCACUGAAGACGAAAGUAAAAUUGAUUAUGAAGAAACCUCUUGUGAGCCUGAACCCACACAACCCACAAGUUAUAUUGGCCACGCCAUUCCGCAAGAUUUUUUGAAAAAGUCUGGGAUACUGGAGUACACGGUUGGUAACAAAGACAAAAUUAAUGCGCUUUACGAUCUUACUCCCGAUGGAUCUCUACCUCCUGCCCCAAAGGAAGUAAAGGAAGCGUUGAAAAUGUUCGGCCAUGAACAGUUCCGACCCGGUCAGGAACGAGCCAUAAUGCGAGUUCUCUGUGGAAUGUCAACCUUGGUAACCUUGAGUACGGGUUCCGGCAAAUCGCUGUGCUACCAAUUGCCAGCCUAUCUAUAUCGAAAGCACCGGAAAUGCGUAACUCUGGUUAUAUCGCCUUUGGUGUCCCUCAUGGAGGAUCAAGUUCACGGAGUGCCUGGCUUUCUCAACGCUCAAUGUCUUCACACGAAUCAGACUCCCAAAGUUAGAGAGAAGACAAUGGCAGCGAUUGCGGCCGAAGAACUAGAUGUGCUGUUAAUAUCGCCGGAAGCAGUUGUGUCCGGUGAAAAGUCAACCGGUUUCGGUUCGUUACUCCGUCAGCUCCCACCCAUUGCUUUUGCCUGUAUCGACGAGGCGCAUUGUGUGUCUCAAUGGAGUCAUAAUUUUCGGCCCAGCUAUUUGAUGAUCUGUAGGGUUCUCAAAGAAAAGCUGGGCGUUCAAACAAUUCUCGGUCUAACGGCCACGGCCACCAUACAAACGAGACUCAGCAUUGUCGAACACUUGGGCGUUCCCGAUGGGUUGAACGGAAUCAUCAGCGACAUCCCGUUGCCAGAUAAUCUAAUCCUAACAGUGUCGAAAGACGCCAACCGAGACGCAGCCCUAUUGCACUUACUACGAUCGGAUAGGUUCAGUGAACUUCAUUCGAUUAUCGUUUACUGUACCAGACGUGACGAAUGUGAACGAGUUGCUUCAUUUCUAAGAACGUGCUUCCAGGAUAGUCAAAGAGCAGCCGAGGCCGCAGAAGGUGGAACUAGUUCCAAAAAACGAAAGCGAGUGAACUACACGGCAGAACCCUAUCAUGCUGGGCUGCCUUCUUCGCGAAGAAAGACCAUCCAAAAUGCUUUUAUGGGUGGGGAUUUGAGAAUUGUGGUGGCUACCAUUGCUUUCGGUAUGGGUAUCAAUAAGUCGGAUAUUCGAGCCAUAAUCCAUUACAAUAUGCCGAAAAAUUUUGAAAGCUACGUCCAAGAGGUCGGUCGCGCUGGUCGCGAUGGAAAAAUUUCUCACUGCCAUCUGUUUUUGGAUAGCAAAGGUAACGAUCGGAACGAGCUGCGUAGGCACGUUUACGCUAACUCAAUCGAUCGGCAUGUCAUUCGAAAAUUGUUGCAGAAAAUAUUCGUUCCAUGUGCCUGCAUUAACAACUUCAAAAACAAAGAAUUUUCAGAAGAGCACCGGAAACAAAUCGAAGCUCUCAAAGACAUCGAUUGGUCGGAGGAUUUCAACGAUCAUGCUCCCAAUAAGUCCACUGAUGUAAUGGCACUAGCACCGGUGAAAAAACAACGCAUUUGUCCCGGUCAUGAAGCCUGUUUUUCGAUCGAAUCUACCGUGCAACAGUUGGAUAUUCCAGAGGAAAAUAUAUCGACGCUUCUUUGCUACCUGGAACUGCACGAAGAACGAUACAUCCAGGUGCUAAGCCGGGCUUAUGUUAUGUGCAAGGUGAUGUCCUAUGCUGGUGCGAGGGCGCUGAGAGCUGCAGCCAAGCAGUGCCCUCCUUUGGCCAUGGCAGUUGCCUUGGAUCUGAAAAAGGGAGUAUCCCACGAUACCUCUACCUUUCUUGAAUUUCCUGUGAUAGAUGUUGCGGCUGCUAUCGGAUGGGACAGCGGCGUAGUGAAGUUUCAGCUGAAAAAUCUCGAAUGGACUGUCGAAAAUAACGUCCGCAAACGAAGUCCCAUCACGGUGGUGUUCUAUGAUCUUGGUUUUCGCAUUCGAGCGCCAGGUGAUUUGUCGGAUGAUGAGCUGGACUCCAAUUUGGAUUCCCUUUACGCACGUGUUACGAGCCAGGAAAAGGCACAACUCAUCCAGUUGCAAUGCGUGUUCGAUGCCCUGUCGUCGGUAGCUUUCCAAACCUACGUACCGGUCAGUGGUGCGGAAUGCCCUCGAGGACCAUCGGAUAAGCUGAAAAAAGUAGUGCGUGACUAUUUUCAAACCAAUGUUAACAACGAUAACGUUGAACUCGUUCCUGAGAACGACGACACGCCGGAUUCCCAAUUGGUCAGCGACGUGCGUACCAUGGUGCACCGGUAUCCGGAAAAUAACUUUAGCGGACGGGCAAUCGCACGGAUUUUCCACGGAGUGCAAAGUCCCAACUAUCCGGCCGUUAUCUGGGGCAGAUGCAGCUACUGGCGCAGCCAUACCGGUGUUGAUUUCAAUAGAAUUGUCCGGCUGGCAAACGCGGAAAUUAUACGAAUGCGAACCUAAACCAUAUUCUAAAUGUUCUAAAUUUUACUGACUGUUUCCGGAAAAGUUGUUAUUUUUAUAAGUUAAAUAAACCAUACGAAUUUAAA